AUGGCGCCCCUUCAGAACGGCCUUGCCAACGGCAGCAGCGCAAACGGGCCGGAUACCAUGGUCAAAGACACUGGUCGUUUCUCCGAUAUCCCUUCCGCCGUUGAUAUUCCAGCCUCUACUUUCGACAGCGAGGUCGAAAUCAGCUUACAAGAACUCCCCGACGACCCUACAGAGCUCUGUACCCUACUAGACAACGAAAAAGCCGCGAAGAACUUCUGGGUUAUUAUCGCCCUGGCAUACGCUAAACAGAAGCAAAUUGAUCAUGCUAUUGAGAUUCUUACCCGUGGCCUUGCCUCCCUUGCGCACGGCGCUACAAAGGAAAGGCUCAGCUUGCUAGGCUGGAUCUGCUGGCUGUACCUGAUCAAGAGCAGACAGGCUCCUCGAGUUGCUCCAGAGGGCCAGCUGCAUUCCGAGGCAAAGACGAAGGAGUUUUACUUACAGGCUGCUACGGCGACUUUGAACGAGGCUUCACGCUUGAACCCUGCUUUUCCUCCCUUGUUUCUUGCUCGCGGUGUGCUUUCUAUCCUGCGUGCAUCACUUCAACCUCCUUCGAAGCCUCUCAGACCCGGUACCAUUGACACUUCGGAACGAGUUGAGUCGCUUCAGCAAGCCAUAAAGUGUUUUGACGAGUCUGCAAAGGCGUUUGGAGGCCGGAACAUUAUGGCUAUUUUGGGUCGCGCGAGAGCAAACUAUAUGCUUGGGCGUUAUGCUGAGGCUUUGGAAGGAUACCAGGAGGCUUUGGUGAAGAUGCCUAGCAUGAGAGACCCUGAUCCGAGAAUUGGAAUUGGAUGCUGUCUUUGGCAGCUUGAUUUCAAAGAUCAGGCAAAGGUGGCAUGGAACAGGGCCCUGUCGUUGAACCCUGAUUCAAAGGCCGCUAAUAUCCUUUUGGCUGCAUACUAUCUACAUGACAGUUCUCGCCAUUCGACAAGCGAUCCAGAAUUCAGUUCGCUUUACAAGACUGCUAUGACUCAAUACACCCAGAAGGCCUUCAAACUUGACAAGGAAUAUCCGAUGACCUGUGCCACGUUCGGCAGCUAUUUCCUUCUACGAAAACAUUUCCCAACUGUCGAAGCCCUUGCACGCAAAGCUAUUGAGCUUACGGAUGUCAAUGCUAUUGCAAGUGAUGGCUGGUAUCUACUAGCUAGAAAGGAGCACACUGAAGGUGAUCCGGAACGAGCGCUGGAGUAUUAUAACAGAUCAGACCAAGCAAGAGGUGGAGCAGAUAAGGGAUACCCUCCGGCUAAAUUUGGUGCAGUCCAGAUGCUGGUCAGGAGGAAGGACUUUGAUGGUGCAAAAUUCCGUCUAGAAAAGAUCAUUCAACAGACAAAAAACCCCGAAGCCAUGGCUCUUCUCGGAUCUCUUUAUGCAGAUGAAGUGUUUGCGGCAGCCAAUUCGAAGGAAGACAAGUCGGCAGAAGCUAAGAAGGCGAUCUCGCUACUCGAAUCUGUACGAACCUCCUGGAAAGCUGACAAGAAGAAACUCACUCCAGACGAGUCUGUCUUGCUCUACCUUGCUAGGUUGUACGAGACUUCUGCGCCGGACAAGAGCAUGCAAUGCCUCAACCAGGUUGAAGAAAUGCAGCUGGCUCAAAUUCCCGAUGAUGAAAAGCCAGAAAAUGUUGAAGGCGAACAGGCCAUGACUGAUAUUCUUCGCGAGAGGCUCUCGCCUCAGCUACUUAAUAAUAUCGGCUGCUUCCUCUACCAGGCCGACAAGAUUGAGCCGGCUAGGACCAUGCUCCAAACUGCUUUGAAUGCAUGUGUACAAGCGCAGGAACGUGAAGACGCCUCCGACACUGAUGCAUAUGUUACUACCAUCAGCUAUAACCUUGCCCGGACAUAUGAGGCAGCAGGCAUGCUAGAUGAAGCCAAAAAGGUUUACGAAGGGUUGCUUGAGAGACAUAGUGAUUAUGUCGAAGCCAACGCCAGACUCACUUAUAUUUCUCUCCGUCAAGAUCCCAGCGGUGAAGGCUCAAAGAAGAUGACCAAGCUUUACGAGACAGAAGCGUCCAACAUGGAAGUGCGGGCACUUUAUGGUUGGUAUCUCAACAAGACAAAGCGCCGUGUUGCCAACCUAGCAGAGGACCAUGAGCAGCGGCAUUACAAGCAUACUCUACAGGGUUACGACAAGCAUGACCGGUACGCCCUAACAGGAAUGGGUAACCUGUAUCUCCUUACAGGUCGAGAUAUGAGACGAGACGGUGAACAGGAAAAAGAGAAACGGCACAAGAUAUAUGAGAAGGCUGUUGAAUUCUUUGACAAAGCUCUUCAGCUUGAUCCAAAGAACGCUUACGCAGCUCAAGGUAUCGCCAUUGCUUUGGUUGAUGACCGCAAAGAUUACUCGACCGCUGUCCAGAUAUUCUCAAAAGUCCGAGACACUCUACGUGACUCAACUGUAUACCUGAACCUGGGCCACGUUUUUGCAGAGCUGAGACAGUUCACCAAGUCUAUUGAAAACUAUGAAAUCUCACUCUCAAAGGAUAGAGCCAGAGAUGCUCAGAUCCUUGCCUGUCUCGGCCGUGUCUGGUUCCUCAAGGGCAAGCAGGAGCAAAACCUGACGGCCAUGAAGACAGCGCUGGAAUAUGCGGAGCGCGCCCGCUCCGCUGCCCCUGACCAAAUACAUCUCGAGUUCAACAUUGCUUUUGUUCAGAACGAGAUAGCUCUCCUUGCAAUCAGUCUUCCUGAAGGCCAGAAGUCAUCUGAAGAUGUUGAAGAGGCAAUGAAUGGCCUAACGGCAGCAAUUGAAGCCUUCGACAAGAUUGCCAGCUCAAAGAACCCACCUUAUCCUCGCAGUUCACUAGAAUCUCGAGCAACUAUGGGUAGAAACACUAUCCGUAAUCAACUUCAGCGAACUCUUCAGAGCCAAAAGGAAUACGAAGAGAAGAAUGCCGCCAAAUUGCAGCAGGCCCGAGAGCUCCGUGACGCAGAAUUGAAGCGUCGUGAAGAGGAGAAACGCAAGGCCGAAGAGGCAGAAAAGGAAAGGAAGCGACAGAUCGCUGAAGAGCGCCAGCUCAUGAUUGAAGAAGCUGAGCGGCUCACUGCUAUCCGCAUUGAUGAAGAGAGGGCCAGGGAAGCUGCCGAAUACACUACUGACAGUGAAACCGGAGAACGGUAUAAACGGCAACAAAAGAAAUCCAAGGGCGGCAAACGAAAGAAGAAGGCAGACGCAGAGAAGAAAAGACAAGACAGUGAACCACAACGCUCCGGUUCAUCGUCUGAUGAAGGGGAAGAACGCACUGCUGCCCCCCGAAAGAGAAGACGUCUUGAACGACGCGGAAACGCAAAGUCGAACAAAUACAAGAGCACUGAAAUUGUCGUUGACUCCGACAGCGAUGCAGAAGCCGCUGCUGAAGUUAACGGCGACAAGGCCAGCUCGCCGCCAGCAGCUCGAAACGAUGACGACGAGGACGAAGACGACCUUGUUCAACGACGAAGAAAGAAAGCCAAUUUGCGAAUUGAAGAUGACGAGGACGAGGACGAGGAGCCGAAAGCAGCUACCCCUGCCGGAGAUGAUGAUAACGACGACCUCUUUGACGAGAAAUCUCCGGCAGCUGGAGACGAAGCUGACAAGGAUGUUGAUAUGAAGGCCGCCGAAGAGGAAGAAGAGGAGGAGUGA